CUCAAUAUCUUAUAAAAAUAAAAAAGUUGGUUCACUGGGCAUGAAUGAAUGUAGUGUCUUCUGACUGAGCCUGCAGCAGGAUGUCUUACGUGGCAAAGAAAUGUGGCAUCAAAUUAAACCCUCCCGCUAUUGUUUUAAUCUAUGAAGAUCAGCUCAGGAAUAAUAUACGCAAGCGCAUCAUGCCUAUCCGGAAUUUCUCAAAGUUCUCAGAUUGCAGCAGGGCAGCAGAACAGCUAAAGAAUAAUCCUCGGCACAAGACUUAUUUAGAAGGUGUCUCAAUGGAACAGCUACAAAAAUUACACAAUUUGCUGAGAUGCCAGUUGGGGGGACAAAAUCUAACUCAGAGUCUGGAGCAAAUUCAGCGGGAAGAAACAAUUGACCCAGAAGAGGACCUGAACAAACUAGAUGACAAGGAGCUAGCCAAAAGGAAAGAAAUUAUGGAUGCACUGUUUGAAAAGAACAGGAAAAAGAAAGAUGACCCUGAUUUUGUCUACAAUGUAGAGGUGAAGUUCCCACAAGAAGAGCUUGAAGCCUGUGAGUGGGAUGAUGAAUCAGAUGAUGAGUUUUGAUCCAUAAUCAAGCCGUGGAUUGAUAAGUCUUCUCAUAUUGGGAAUAUAUA